AUGAUUCCCCUCCACGCAGCUGUCAUUCUCGCGCCCCUCUUCGGUAUCGUGCAGGGUGACUGUGAGGACACCGACAACGGAGCUACAGACAUAAGGGGCUGGAGUUGCUAUAGUUAUACUACAUAUCCCUAUUGGUGUCACUACUAUGACCAUUGGGACUUCCAAUCCGGUGAGAUGUGCUGUGCAUGCGGGGGCGGAAGCGGCAGCGGAGGCUGUGUGGACACCGACUACGGAGCUGUAAAUCAAUAUAAUAUGGAUUGCGGCGCAUACAAUACCUAUGGAGCUAAUAAUGGAUGGUGCGCGUCGUGGUGGUAUGACGAUUAUGACUUCUCAAGCUCCGAUAUGUGUUGUGGAUGCGGUGGCGGGGCGCCGGCGCCGCCGCCGCCGACGCCAGCACCCACGUCGCCACCGCUGCCGACGCCAGCACCUACGCCGCCGCCCCCGACACCUGCACCUACGCCGCCGCCGCCCACAACAAGCACCCAAAUCUCCACCACUGCCACCCAGACAGCCACAAGUUCCGAGACUGCCAUCCAGACUGCCACACAGACAACCACCGAGACGGGCACGAGCUUCUCCACGUCAAGCUCCACAGCCACCACCGAAAUGGUACUAACCGCAACGACUGCAUUGGUGAGGUCAGUACUGGCAGGAUCACAGGAGUUGGUGGUGGAGUCUGAGGAGGGCUUUUCUGUAGGGGACGCCAUCAUGAUUACUGGCGGCGGCAAUUCGGAGACACGUGACAUCACGAGUUUUGGAUCCAUGAUGCUCGGCGCACCAUUAGACUACGGAUACCCAGCCGGCUCCAGGAUCACCAAUUUGGGUGUUAGUUUUUCGAGCAAUUCGCCAUCGGCGGAGGAGCCGCAAGAUUCCGAGGCAUCGCUUGCAGUGUUCGUUGCUGUCGUGAUCGUCCUCCUGGCCUGCGUCGCGCUGGGCUUGGGCUGUCUGAUGAGGCGCGGAUGUCCCGGCUGUGGCAGGGGCCCAGCACGCGACUCGCAGAUUGAGAUCAGCGUGUCGGAGUUGGACGCGGAGAUUAGUGAGCACCAGGCGGACCAGAAAACUGAGUUGUUGGAGACCAUGGAUUUUUGGUUUUUGCCAGUCGAAGCACUCAUGAACAUGCCGCGCAACAUCCCCGUCUUCCGCCACCAAGUGUUGAGGGACCUUGGUCUGUUGGUGAAGCGGACCAUGACCCUGGAGGAUGUGCUUGCUGGGCGGUUUGUUGCUGACACGGCAGCAGUGUCCCACCGCUGGCCAGAGCCAGAACACCCCGAUCCGGACGGCAGCAAAUUGUGUGAGUUGCAAGACAUUUUAGCCAAGAUCCCCUCGAUAAAGUUUGUAUGGAUGGAUUGGGUAUGCGCACCUCAAUGGCACUGCGGCGGGCGGACCGAGGAGGAGGAGGAGGAGUUCAGGCUGAUCUUGGAGAACAUUUUGCCCUUCAUCUUUCUCGGGUGCACGGUUAUUGUGCUGUACGAGCGUGUCUAUAAUCAACGGUUUUGGCCAAACGUGGAGUCUUGGAUCGCCACCAAGAUGGCUACCGAGGACGGAUUGGUGCCAGCUACCGAGGAUAGACUCCGAUUGAAAGUCCACGGCAUAGACUCAGUAAAGGGUUUCAAUUGCACCCCCUGGGUGCUCGACAGCUGGCACCAUGCUGAUGCGCAGUUGGCAAUCUGCAUCCUGUCUCACAAGGACAUCUUGGUCACAAACGCGAAGGACAAGGAUGUCAACUUGAAGGUACUCGGCUCUCUGGACCACAUGAUCAAGAGCCGUCACAUUUUAUGCACCUGA